ACAACCAAAGAAGGACUGUGGAUAUGGCUCAGAUGGAGCACUGAGUGACCCAUGUGAACAGUGUGGGGACAAUCAGUUCUCCACAGAUGGAAGGAUCAAUGGCUGUCAAGUCUGUACUGACUGUGGACAGAGGGGCUUCCAGACGAUAUGCAGCAAAACUGAAGAUGCCACUUGUGUGUGUGACGAGGGGCAAAAGUUUGGGAGGUCGGGCCAAUGCCUACCAGUCUGUUGCAAGUGUAGCGGUUCUGUCUUUCCACGAGAUGCAGACAAUGCGGAUGCCUGCAUUCGAGAAUUUGGAAGUCCUGCUGCAAGUGGAGGCUACCUAUGUUCCGAUGGAGCGUAUGCCAAACAACCCUGCCAGGACUACCAGCCACCUCUUCCUCCCUCUACAACCCCAACGACCGCAGUCUCUGUGACCAAUGGGAGCACAGCUAUGCCAGAUACAACCACAGGUGCCGGGAAAACAAUUGGUUCCACCAACGAAACUUCAACACCAACAGUUGCAGAAUCAACUUCUACUGUUGCAGAUGUUGCAACAGGUACACCCCAGGCAAAUGGCACACAGCCAGGGACUCCCAGUGAUGAACCUUCUCAUGAUGUUGGUCAUCAGCAUACCAUGCUCUACAUUGGACUUGCCCUUGGCCUCUCUACCUUAACAAUGUUAGCACUGAUAGGAGUUGGAUGUAAAAGGAAGAAGAUUUAUCAGAAAAUAAAAUGCAUGAAGAAAUGUUGGGAGAGGAAACCAACCACAGAUAUGGCAAAUGCAGCUUUGUUACCUGAGGAGGCCGAGCCUGAGGCAUCUGAUGUAGAAUCAGCAGAUGUACCAGUACCUGAAGUCCCACCAGAUGUAGGAGCAGAUGUAUCCCCAGAACUGGACCAGUAUGGAGAACAGGAAGAAACUGGUGAGACUAGUGGGGAGGGAACAGGGCAGCCUGACAAGGCAGUCCCAAUUCCUGCAGCAAUUGAGGAUGGUGAGGAUGUUGGAAUGGCUGGGGACAAUAGGAAGGAUGAGACAGCUCCAAAAGGUUUGGUAUCAGGUAGAAGUGAGAUUCUCCAUCCCCCAGGGUUGAAGGAAGAUGAUGAUGAUGAUGAUGAUGAGGAGGAGGAGGAGGAGGAGGAGGAGGAGAGUAAGACUGACUUUCUAGAAACUGUAGCUGGAGAAGGAGCCACAAAUGACACAGUGGCAUUUGUCCCUGAUUACAUCCAACGCAUGCCUUUGGAAAAGAUCCUGGACAACGAAGAUCUACUGGGUAAAAUGAAAGUUAAGUUGGAGCGACGUGACAGGCACUACAGGAAUAUUGCAAGCUUCUAUGGCCUAAAACAUGAUGAAGUGGAUCAUAUAGAAUUCAUAGAACUUGCUAGCAAAGAUUCUCCUUUCAAGGCAAUCUUAGAAAAGGUCAUGUCUGAAAACGAUACAUCAGAAAACAAAGCAUCAAAAAAGAAAAUGUCUAAAAACAAAACAGUUGGAGAGCUUCUGCAGUACUGCAAUGAGACAAUAAAGAGAAGCGAUGUAGUUCGUACAGUUGUGGACUAUUUUGUAAAAAAUAACAGGAGAAUCAGGAAAAUGACAUGGUUGAAAAAGAGGAUGUGACAGAUGUAAAUGCAGAUAGCCAGUCAGACGAAAUGGAAGAAUGCUGCAAAAGAGACGAUGUAGAUAGUGAGAAGAAAGAACUAGAGCUACAAAGUACUGAUGAUGAUGAUGUAGCUGACGGAAUCAUGUCAGAGCAGUCUGUAGGAAAGGAAAAGUUAGGAAUUUGUGACUCAAACAGGGAGACUUUUGAACUGGUAGAUAUGCAGCCAUGAUGGAAUAAUACAUGGUUAGCCAAAGCGGGUAAAUUUUAUGGAUGACAUCAGUGCACAUUGAUCUUCACCUGAUUUUGAAACAAAGAAAUAGAAAUUCUAUUCCCUAUGCUUGUGUAAUAGCCCUGAGUGUACUUGUGGAAGUGACACUAGUGAGGUAGUCAUGGGUGUACAUGUAGUUGUAGAAACAAGACAAGUGUUGUAGUUUACUUCCCAACCAGAAAUUAGACUCCCUCACAGCUUUUACUUAAUUUUGCCCUUCUUUGUUUUGCCCUUCUUGUUUUGCCCUCUUGCAUCAGAUUUUGAGUCUAUAGAUGACGUCAUCCAUAAAAUAUACUUUUUGAGUUAGAGAUAGGAAGCUUGUGUGCCAUUUUGCAUUACAGGAGAAGAAGAAAAGAAAUAGGUGUAACUUCUUCAUGGCAAAACUUUGACACGUUUUUAAAAUCAUGAAUCAAAAUUUGCCACCAUUUUACAAGGAAUUUCUACUUAGUAAUUUUACCUGAUUGCAGAUUUUAAGGAUUUUGAGGCUGCAGUUUAGUAUGAUAAUAUGGUUAAAACAAGUAUCACUAUUGAUGAGAUAUUUUCCUGUAUCUCCAUCAGCAAACUGGCUGUUGUUUUAUCAGAAUUGAUGAACCGAAAUCAUGAUAUUUUAAGGGGACACUGUUCAAAGAUGUAUAUUCUAUUAACAUUCCCACAUUCACAUGUAGAAAGGAAAUGUAAUUUUCCUUCACUUGAACAUAUUUGUAGUAUAUUGGGGACUUUUAAAAGAUAUGUACAUAUAAUGAAAUCAAGGUGAAUACCUUUAUAAUUUGAAUGGUGUAAAUCUCUAUUUGGUUGAUUUAUAUCAGACAUGAAAUCUCCAUUUGUACUUUUGUAAAAAAAAGUUUUUGUGAGUACAAAUGUUGUAUCAGUUAUCCAAUGGUUAAUUUGAUAAGGGCAAUUUCUCUACACUUGUUUAUGCUGAUUGUGAUGUACUUAAUUUUGUAUAAUUUCUGGUGUACUCAUUAUAGGCUAAUUGGUAUGUCAGCCGAUAGCUCUUAAUAUGUAAAUGAAGAUAUUGUAUGUUGAUAUCCCUAUGGAUUUUAGAUGUAAAUAUUUGUUAUUUGAUCACUGAAGGGAUUGCCAAGCAAUGCUUUGUAGUAUUUCAAUCUAUGUUCUUGAACGAGAUUUUUGCUACAUGAAGAUCACAUCUCGUGGAUGCAUGUAUCUAUGCAUUAAGUGUACAUUUUGUGUAUUAAGACAAAAUAGUAUCUCAUAUAUUCAGCCAAGCUUGUAGAUUGUGCCUUUCAUGCCAGUUCAAAACUGGAAUGAUUUAUUUGUAGGAAUACAGUAAUGGAAUUGGAA